AUGGACGAACUAAGGAACGCCAUCAAAGGAAAGACGAACCAAAGCUUGGAGAGAAUCGUCCGGAAGACGGAUUCGCCCUUUACCAUAGCCGUCCAGGAGUGCCCAGUACCCUCCAAGUUUCGUCUACCACAGCUAGAACCUUUCGACGGGCUGAAAGACCCCUUGGAUCACCUGAAUACCUUCAGGACGACCCUAGGCCUUCAACAGCCACCCGACGAGAUCUUGUGUCGCUCAUUCCCUACGACCCUCAAAGGAGCAGCCAGGGAAUGGUUCAACAAGUUGCCAACAUCAUCCAUUGACAAUUUCGAACAGUUAAGCAGUUCCUUUGUCCGUCAUUUCGUAGGCGGGCAGCGACCAAAGAGAACUGCCGACCACCUGCUUACCAUCAGACAAGGAGAGAAGGAACCACUGAGGUCUUACGUGACACGUUUCACCCGAGGAAUGCUGGAAAUAGACGAGGCAGAUGACAAGGUACAUCUCACAACCUUCAAAGCGGGAUUGAAGUCCAGGGAUUUUGUGGCAUCCUUGGCAAAGAACCCCCCUAAGACAAUGGCCGAGGCAUUAUUAAAAGUUCAGAAGUACAUGAACGCGGAAGAAGCCCUGGCAGCUAUUAACGGGGCAGAUAAGAGCAGGGAAAAGAAGAAGGAAAAGGAGGACGAUCGAAGAGGGCUAAAAAGAGAUCGGGCUGACAGACGAAAUGACGAUGGAAAUAGGAGGAGGGAGGACAAGAACCCUCGUCCAUCAAAAUUUACUCCGCUGGUGAUGCCAGUUGAUCAGAUUCUAAUAGAAAUAAGGGACGAACCAUCCCUAAAGUGGCCAAAACCACUCCAUUCAGCGCCUGAAUUGCGCGAUAAAAGGAAAUACUGCCGUUUCCACAAAGAUCACGGGCAUUACACGAAGGAUUGCAGGGUCCUCAAAGAACAGAUUGAGGAACUCAUCCGUAAUGGGAAGCUACAACAGUAUAUAAAAAGAGGAGAUUCUGGCAGUAUACCUCCAUCAAAGCAAAGACGCACCAGUGGAGACCUGUAUUUCUCUGAGGAGGAUGCCAGAAGUGUGAAGCAACCCCAUGAUGACCCACUCGUCAUUAUGAUCAUGAUCGAGGGGUUCAACACGCGAAGAGUCCUGGUCGACAGCGGAAGUUCAGCAGACAUAAUCUAUCUUCCUGCCUUCCAACAGCUAAAGCUGGACCCGAAAAGGCUCCGUCCUUUUGAGUCUCCCCUCGUCAGUUUCAGCGGAGACAAAGUAUAUCCCAGAGGAAUCGUGGCGUUGACAGUAACGGCUGGGUCAUACCCCCUUCAGAAGGCUGCUAUCUCCACCUACUGCUUAAAGGUGAAGUUCCCAACAGAACACGGCGUCGGGGAGAUUAAAGGAGAUCAAGUACUGGCAAGAGAAUGCUACCAUGCCGUCCUGGCCUCAAAAGAGAACCAUACAUGGACAAUUGAAGAGAAAACACCAGAGAUUAUGGAGAAACUUGAAACGGUAAAGCUGGCUGGAGGGAAUCCUCCAAAGACGACCCAAAUAAAGACGAGCAUGAGUCAAAGGACGAAAGGUGAAAUCGUUAGUUUUCUGAAGAGCAACCUCGAUAUAUUCGCCUAG